GUGGAUUCAUUGAAUAUAAAAAGAACAAUCAAAAGAACUGGCAGGAUAGAAUAUUGGGUAGAUAUACCUGAUCUACUAAUUGAAGAACUGAUGAUGCAGUAAACACAUUUCCAAGAACGGACAAAAGUAAAUAAACACACGUGCAAUCAUGUGUUUGCGAACAAACUGUAUUUGUAUGCUGUUCUGCUGUUCGUCAUAUGUUUGGCGGUCAGAUCUCGAUCAAAACAUCUCUGAUCAAACAAUAUAUCAUCAGAGAUCCAACACCAAAGAUUAGACACCAGAAAUCAACAGAGCCAGAAUGUCCAUGCCCUCCAUAUCCACCUCAAAUCCAGGUCCUGGCUCUAAUAUUUCGAGUAACCAAAGUCUCAGUGGCAAUGGACCUAAUGCUUCUACCACCUCGUCCAACGCUCAUUUUGAGUUCGAUUACUGUUCCAACUGUUUUAACGUAAUUGCUGCUGACUCCAAUUCCGCCAGCAGGAAAAGGCUUCGUGAUGAUGCUCAUGAUCUGUCUAAUGAGCUGAAUCAUAUGUUCAACUUUCCUGCAAUAUCAGACAAUUCAAGCAAAAGAAAACAGCUUGUAAAAAUAGAUUCAAAGAUCCACCAAAAAACAGUGGAGAUGUUGAUUCAAAAUUCAAAAUUUUAUUAUUCAACUUUAAAUAGUCAUCAUGUUAAUGCUUCUACUCAAAAUAAUCGCACUAUCAAUGCCAUUGAUGACUAUUUUCACAAUGAGAAUAACAAUAUUAAGCCUUUUUGGCCUCAAAUAUCUAAGCCAAAUUUGAAUCUGUCUGUUAAUCAACUCUUUCUUUCCACCGAGAAAACGGAUAAUGAACUGCUACUUGUGUGUGAAAUUUGUGAUAAUAACGUUUCAAUAUCCAAUAAUAACGAUUUUAAUGAUUUUAAAUGUUGUUUAUGUGAAAAAUUAAUAUGUUCUUUAUGCAAAGUCGAGAAAUAUAACACUAAUUACUGCUUUGAUUGUUUACAUUAAAUUGAUUUUAGUUUUAAAUUGAAAUAUUAUUGUUUCUAUAUAUGUACUUUAUUUUUUUCUUUCUUUAUUUUUAUCUUUAUCUUUAGCUUCAGUUUUAGUUUUAGCUUCAGCUUUGUCUCUUAU